UUUUUGUUCUUUUUUUUUCUUUCUGGUGGAAAUUGUGGCAGUGCAUCCAGGAGGCGCAUAUAUCGUCGAUCUAUUGUGCUUAUAUUUGUGAAUUGGUGUCGGUAUACAACCGCUCGAAGCGAAGAUUGAGAGUUCGUUGUCUUCCCUCGAUGAUUUUUAACGCCAAUAUUUAACCAAGGAAUCUGUGACACGAGUGAUUUGAAAAGAUGAAAAUCAAAUUAUCGGCCAACCCGAUCAAUCUGGUGUCCGAUUGUAAUUCCUGUGAGCGUGAGUGAUCCAUCGAAUAUACAUCGAAGUAUUUUCACGCGCGUGCAGAUUAACGAUGAACUCUGGAUACACGAAUUGUUUGAAAAAAGGGACUCGCAUUACCAAGGUCUUCGUCUAACGGGAUCGCGUUUAUAUAGACCAGAAAAUAGCGGCGAAUUUCUCUGACUGUACAGUCGCCAAAAGAUGCAGCGACUAUUUCAGUGCCAGACGUCGUCGUUUUAGCGAUCCGCAGUCGCUCACAUCCCGACGCUGCUCUCCGUCCCCCGAAGAACAUAAUCUGUUCAUCCGUACACGGGAGAAAUAAAUUUAUGGAAAUCUAAAAGAAACCGUUAGAGAGAGAAAAAAAAAAAAGCAAAGUCUAAAGAGAAAUUACAAAAUGCGGAACGGCGUACUGCAGCCCCAGCAAACGGCCGUGAUGCCACCUCCCCAUCUGAACGGAUCCGCACAGUUCAUCACGGGCGGCUACGUCGGCUACAAUUCCAGACAAUCGUGGGGACAGUUUCAACCCCCCGCAGCGCAAAACAGAAACGGUGUCAGACCCGCCUCUCAUCCUCCACCCCCACCCUCUAGAAGGGAAAGUCCGGGAAAGCCCCACGUAGGAAACCACAAAAUUCCGAACGGACAAUCUCAAACAUCGACGGGAACGUCCUCGACGAACAGCCCAAGGAAUUCCAUCGACAGAAACAACGCACCCUCGAAGGUUGAUCCGGAGCUGAUAUUUACGAAACAGGAACGUAUAGGAAAAGGAAGUUUCGGUGAAGUCUUCAAAGGUAUCGACAACAGAACGCAGCAGGUUGUCGCGAUAAAAAUAAUCGAUCUAGAAGAAGCCGAAGAUGAAAUCGAGGACAUACAACAGGAAAUCAUGGUGCUGUCGCAGUGCGACAGCCCGUUCGUCACCAAGUACUUCGGAUCUUAUCUCAAGGGCACGAAGUUAUGGAUUAUUAUGGAAUAUCUCGGCGGUGGUUCGGCCUUGGACUUGAUGAAGGCCGGAAGUUUCGAAGAAAUGCACAUCGCCGUUAUCCUACGUGAAGUUCUCAGGGGUCUCGACUACCUCCAUAGCGAACGCAAGCUGCAUCGUGAUAUUAAAGCCGCGAACGUUCUGCUCAGCGAAAUGGGAGAUGUGAAAUUAGCAGACUUUGGGGUCGCGGGGCAGCUGACCAAUACCACCAGCAAGAGAAACACCUUUGUGGGGACUCCAUUUUGGAUGGCUCCAGAAGUGAUCAAGCAGUCAGCCUACGAUUCGAAGGCGGACAUAUGGUCACUUGGAAUAACAGCCAUCGAACUGGCAAAGGGUGAACCGCCAAACAGUGAGCUACAUCCGAUGAGGGUACUUUUUCUCAUCCCUAAAAAUAAUCCACCUCAGUUAACGGGGAACUACACUAAACAAUUCAAGGAAUUCGUCGAGGCAUGCCUUAAUAAGGACCCUGAAAACAGGCCCACGGCAAAGGAGCUGCUCAAGUUUCAGUUUAUUAAAAAGGCAAAGAAAAACUCGUACUUGAUCGAUCUCAUCGAUAGAUAUAAGAAAUGGAAGUCACAGAGGAGCGAGGAGUCCGAAACUGAAAGUGAAAACUCUGAUUCUGAGGAGUCUAAACAAGAUAGUGACAUGGAUGAACCCUGGAUAAUGACGGUAAAAGGUCCACACAGCGUCAAAGGAUCAUCGGUGGUACCGAAAUUGCCACCCGAUGAUUCGUUGACUUCAUUGACGUUAACACACACAGCGAAUCACAGAUCUUCUAAUCAUAAUCAACCGUUAAAACCUCAUGCAAAUGGAGCAUCUAAAUCUCCUCCUAAGGACUCAAACUUGAAUCACUACAGAAGUGAUUCUAGAGACUCGCCACGUGAUAUACAGCCUAAACCUACUCCGUCCCGUCCACACGAGGCAGCCCCACCACCUCCGGUGGACAAUCGCAAAGAACCGAGUCGGGAUUCGAGUAAAGAUAGUCGAGAAAUUAGGGAGUCCAGAGAAUCCAGAGAGUCAAGCAGGGAGUCAACCCCUAGAGAUUCCAGACGUGACACUAGAGAACGCGAUAGAGAAAGAGAGCGAGACAGAGAUAGUGCACGAGAUAAGAGAAAUAGUAAACCAGAAGUUCCCGUCGUACCCCUUGUCGAUCACAGAGGUGGUGAAGAUAAACAAAGACCAAGAAGUACGCAGGAGCUAAAACACCCCCGAAGUGCAACUCUAUCCGGAGUUAUCUUGCCGCUUCUUUCCGAGUUGCAACGCAAACACCAGUACUCAGCGAGAGACAAUAACAGUGGUGGAGGAGGUAGUGGAGGCGGUAGAAAUGGAGGUGCCCUAGAAGAGCUGAGAGGAGCAUUUGAAUUAGCAGAACGAACGUCACCCGGAGUCAGCGAAGCUCUUGUUCGAGAACUUUUGAAAGCUUUGUUACCCGCUAAUCAUACGGAUGCCCGGCUCUCCAUGCUGAUGGAAAAAGUUACUAUAAGAGAUACGUAGGGAUGCGAGACAGCAAACAUUCGGACGAGAUUUUGAUCCGAAGACAUCUUAACAUUGUAACUAAUUCUUUUUAAUUAUUAAUUAUACUAGUUAGUGAUGCUACAUAUGCCACACAUUGUUGAUAGUUUUUAAACUGAGAACAGCGGAAUUAUUUAUAUCCCUCAUUGUCAUUUACAAUUUAUCGGCUGCAACAAACGAUACUAUUUUACCUCAUGAGUUGUUUGAAAUCAGCAUAAAAACAAAGAAAAAAGUUGGUGCUGAAAAAAGCUGUAAACAACGCUUCCUAUUGGCCAUUCUAAGUAUCCAAGUAUGUUGAAUGUGUUUGUUAGGGCUGUCAAUUAACUUUGAAAUAAGGGAUGCACUCCAACAGAAACACUUUAGUACUAGCUAGCAUGCUUAAACGAUACUAUCAAAUUGGUGAUAGCUGCGUAAUUUGAAAAGUAUUAUUUGAACUGAGCAUCUUUGGAGAUUGUUACUUGGUAAAACUGUAAAUAUCGAAGUCGUAUCUAUCAAACUCAAGAAAUCUAUCACUUUCAACAAUAAAGCAAUCUUUUAAAGGUCCGAUGAUUAAGCUUUGCCUAAUACGAAAUUGGGAUAUAAUCCAACAAAAAACCUGCAUCCACCUAAAUAACGAUACAAAUAACGUUACAUAGGCGUAUCACCUGUAUGUAUUGAAGCUAUUCUUAAUUACGAAGUGUUUGGCUUUCUGGAAACGUGCAUAACUGUACCUAGGAUUGACUGUCAAACUGUACCAUAAUUGGUUGUAAAAGUGGUUCCUGUAAUAAUCAGUUAGCAGUAUGUUCUUCCAAACCCGAGUUUUACUUUAUUCUAAAAAAAAAAUCUCUUGGUGUUAUGAGCACGAUAUCGUUAUUCUGUUUUCAAUAGAUUUAAAAAAUUUGCCAACGACGCGACGGUUUAAUAUUCCCCUGUAAUAUUAUUACCAUUCGUCCAAUGGGUUCAGAACAAAUUCACAUGGGCAUUCAUAGCCUUGACACAAAUGAUGUAUUUAGAAACGAUAUUAACAUCGACAUUGUUACAGAAGUCGAUACAAAGACGUGUAAUUUUAUUGUCAUUUAAGAGUUCCGUCAGAUCAUGCACGAACUGUAUUUUGGUAAACUUACAAUUGGAUAUAACUAAAUGUGCAAACUCCCUAUAUUUCUAAUCAAAUAAAAAUGUUAACACACUCCAUAGGUUUAUGAUGACUGAUAAUUCUUUAACAUGACCUGAUUGACAAUGGAGAGUGUUCGUAGAUCAUUCUUGCCUCAUACAAAUAUCUGGUCAUAGUGCUAACACAAUAUUACAUCAGGAAGAGCUUUACCAGGUUAUCUUAUAGACAAAUACAGGAUCACUUGUGAAAUAGAAUCAAGAUCUGAAAUACAGGUUGCGUCUAGUUAUACUCUUUGAAAUUAUUGUUCAGCUUAUCAAUAAGUAUAGUGAGAUGAUUUUUGAAACAUAUUGAGCAAUAUUGAGCUAUGUUUCGUCAACAACAGUUACAUUUGAAAAUAUAUUUACAAUUAUUCUCAAAUACUUCCAUUGAAUUUCCGAUGUGUUUAACAUUAGCUGCUUAUGUUUGCAGUUGAAACCGGGGCAGACAAAAGCUGUGUGAUCUCUUCCUGCCACAUCUAACAUCAGAUGAUUAAGUAGCAUGAUGAGAAUAGGAUGCGAUAUGUAUACAUUCAAUUAACGAGUGUUAGCACGUGGCCUGGACUGUAAUAGUAAAGAUACCCCUGUAUAUAUGUAUGUAGCACCAUAAGAUAGAGUUAUUCUUGUAAGUAAUCGAUGUUCAUUCAAAGUGGCUUUCGCAAGUCCCGUAUGGCAGAGAUUAAUCGAUUCUAAUGGUUUUUCUUUCCUCUUCUGAGUUUACUAAGAACAAAGUAUGGAAUUUUCGCAGUAUGAUAUCAAUUACUUGAAUUCAAUAAAUUAUGAUCAGUCAGCUUCGAAUACCCACGGCAUAUCUGCUGUUCAUUACGUGACCAGUUACGGACGUACAAUGUAGAUACUUCUAUAUUAAAGUGAGUUUUUAGUUCAAACUUGUCGCAAGAAGAAGAGUCAAUUAAUGAGGAGAUCGAAUGGGUAUCUUGUUUUCGAAUUUCUAUCUUCUAUAAUUAUACUGUGCUGAAGGGGGCUAUGAAAACUUCAACGAGUAUCGACGAUAAUCCAUUUGUUUAUAAAGUAAUGUAUUUUAUAAUGAAUAGACAAAUUACUCGUAGUGUAACUUCACAGUGCAGUGCAAAUUGGGUUUGCUGAUAAAGAUAACAUGAAAUUAUUCAUUCAACAGUCUAGAUCUUAACGAUUGUAAGCAAAGUAAUAUUGCAACAUACUGUACAAACGAGAUGAUAUAAUAUACCUAGUAUGAUUACAAUAUUGAUAGUAGUCACAUUUGAUUAUAGCAAUCCCGUAAAACACAGUUGUUUCAAAUGCUGAGAUGAAAAAAGUUUUUAAAAAAGUAAUCAUCGCUAUUAAUUACUAAGAUUGAAAACAAUGUACUUCAGAUCGUGAGUGUACGUAGAAUGGUGAAAAUACCAUCAGUUUUAGUUUAAACAUUACAUUAACAACUACGUUAAUUAUUCAUUAUGUUGUAUUGUUAAUUAUUAAUAUUCUUCUUGUUUCUCGUUGGGAUAGGUUUUUAAUUACUAUUACAUAUCGUUACGUAAUGCUGCCAUAGAUGUACAGGGUGUUGGUUGGGUCGAUUUGUGCCAGGAUAACAUACUGGUACCAAGAAGUAUUUUUCAAUGAUGCAUAGUUGUUUCUCCGCAAUUUUAAAACAUAUGCUAGUGGAAUAUGAAUAACAAAAUAUUUAUAAUUUAAUUUAUUUGUCAUGAUUAUGAAAUUUCAAUCCUUGAUUCGCAAUUAAUUUCUCAUUUUACUUUCACUUUGGUAUUGAAGUAUCGUGUUCGACGCUCGAUAACUUCUGGAAUCAACGGUCGGUUUUUUCUUUGUUUGUAAAGUUACACCCUGUCUGCUUUGUUUUUUCACGAUGGUACAAUCAAAACUUUUGAUCUAGCUGUGACAAUUCAUACAACAGGUGUGCCAUUUUACAAACAAGAUUCUAUCCAUUCGCGAUGUUCACGUUCGCCGGAUUUUUUAACGGAAAACUACGUGUUACUACAUAGUCCGGCGUAUGUGAUCUGAUAGUGGAACUGAAUGGCGAUCAAUUUGUAUUUGCGUCACUUAUUCUAAUCCAGGUAUUAUUCAUCUAUGUAUACAAGUUUUCCCCCUAAAAUUCUAUCCGCAGGAAUUUAAUAGUAAGAUUCAAAGAGCGACAAUCUAAUUCGCUGUUCAGUUGUCACAAUUUAUAUGGAAAUGCCCUAUCCAGAUUUACUGUAAUCAUACGGUUCUACGAUAUCAAUGUGUGACAUUGAUACGUGUACAUGCAGAUUGUAAUUAUUACUAUUACCUAAGAGUAUCGAAAGAGAGUGUUGUAUAUCAGGGUGGGUAGCAAAACUGGGUUUUUUCAUUACACAGGAAGAAUCUUCCAGUGUUCUCGAGAUUCCCCCCGAGAUCUCAAUGAAUUUUCGAGUACCUCUCAAAGACUGUGGUAUUCAACACUUUUUCUUUGUAUCAAACUUUUAGAUAUUAUUCAAAAUAUUCAUCUAUAACAAUACGAUAACAAUAAUAUCGACGUAGAAUAUAUUUUUUGUAUUUUAAUUCUACCCUGGCUGCGUUGGAAUGUAUUAUAUUGAUUGUAUGUGGCAUGCUAAGGGCGUGUACAAAUGAAUAUUGAAUAAAUAAAUAUUGACACUG